CCAUUUGUGACAGCCGCUGUCUUUGCGACUCGGCAAGAUGGCGGACAUGUCGGAUCUGUUUGGGAGUGAUGCGGAGAGUGAGGCCGAUCAGAAAGAUUUUGACUCUGGAUCUGCAUCAGGCUCUGAGUCAGAGGUGGAACAAGCAGCAUCAGAAAGCAAUCCUUCAGGAAGUGAGAGCGAAAGGGAUGAUGGGAAUGAUGAUGAAGAUGGGAGAGAGAAUGCAAAGCCGAGCAAUAAAGAGUUAUUUGGAGAGGACAGUGAAGAUGAAGAGCAGUCAAGGCACAGUGGGAGCGAUGACAGAUCUGAUAACCAGUCCAUCGUUUCUGGGCGCUCCGAUCAAGAGGAUGUUCAGCAUUCAGAGACAGAACAACAAAGUGGCUCUGAAGAACAACAGUUUGACAAUGAUGAUGACGACAAUCGUUCUGAUGCGGGCAGCAUGCAUUCUGAUGCAGGCAGUGUGGGUUCUGAUGAUGGCAGUGCACAAUCUGAUGCUGGCAGUGUGCACUCUGACGCUGCAAGUGCACACUCAGAUGCUGGUAGUUCCUGUUCUGAUGCUGGCAGUGUCCAUUCGGAUGCUGGUAGCGUGCAAUCUGACGGCGGCAGUGUACGAUCCCAGUCGGAAGCCGGCGUCGUUCACUCAGAUGCUGGCAGCGCCCAUUCCCGAUCUGAUGUUGCCAGUAAUCAUUCCCACUCCGAUGCUGCCAGUAACCAAUCAGAUGCUGAGCUGUCUGGAAAGGAAGUGCAUUCUGAGAAUGAGAAAUGGGAGAGGGAGUCCAGAAGUGACCAAUCAGAUGAAGAGGAAAAAUCGCAUCAUUCGGAUGAGGAACAGCACCUUUCAGAUGAUGAGCAGGAGCAUAAAUCAGUUUCUGCAAGAGGCAGUGACAGUGAAGAUGAUGUCAUUAGACAAAAGCCAAGGAAAGCAAUUGCUUCAGAUUCUGAUUCUGACAGUGAUGUAAAAGACAAAGAUAAAAUAGAAGGGGAUGAUCUCUUUGGAGGUGCAGAUGAUAUUUCGUCUGACAGCGAAGGUGAAAAGCCUCCCACUCCAGGCCAACCAAUUGAUGAGUAUGGCAUGGAUCAGGAACAUCAAGAAGAAGAACCAAUCCCAGAAACACGGAUAGAAGUAGAGAUUCCAAAAGUGAACACCGAUUUAGGAAAUGACCUGUAUUUUGUUAAACUGCCUAACUUUCUUAGUGUGGAGCCCAGACCAUUCGAUCCCCAGUACUAUGAAGAUGAAUUUGAAGAUGAGGAAAUGUUGGAUGAAGAAGGAAGAACCAGGCUUAAACUAAAGGUUGAAAACACAAUUCGCUGGCGAGUACGCAAAGAUGAAGACGGAAAUGAAACUCGCGAAAGUAAUGCUCGAAUAGUAAAAUGGUCAGAUGGAAGUAUGUCCUUGCAUCUUGGAAAUGAAGUUUUUGAUGUCUACAAAGCUCCACUUCAAGGGGAUCAUAACCAUCUAUUUAUUCGGCAGGGAACUGGUUUGCAAGGUCAGGCAGUCUUCAAAACCAAACUUACUUUCAGGCCUCACUCUACGGACAGUGCAACUCACAGGAAGAUGACCCUGUCUCUUGCAGAUAGGUGUUCAAAAACACAAAAGAUUCGAAUCCUUCCCAUGGCUGGUAGAGAUCCAGAAUCCCAGCGUUCUGAAAUGAUAAAGAAAGAGGAGGAGCGUCUAAAAGCUUCUAUUCGAAGAGAGUCUCAGCAGCGCAGAAUGAGAGAAAAGCAGAGUCAGAGAGGCCUUAGCUCCUCUUACCUGGAACCUGAUCGGUAUGAUGAGGAGGAAGAAGGUGAUGAGACCAUCAGCCUUGCAGCCAUCAAGAACAAAUACAAGGGAGGGGUUAGAGAGGAGCGUGCUCGGAUUUAUUCCUCAGACAGUGAUGAGGGAUCAGAUGAUGACAAAACCCAGAGGCUCCUAAAAGCCAAGAAACUUGAUAGCGAUGAGGAAACUGAUCAUUCUGGAAAGAGAAAAGCAGAGAAUGAUGAUAAAGGUACCAGCAAAAAGGCGAAGAAGUAUGUGAUUAGUGAUGAUGAGGAAGAUGAUGUGUAAGCUAUUCUAAGUGGUUUAGAUAGCUUGUAUCAUUAGGUUGUACAGUUAUUUUGUAAGUAACUAUGUUGUCUGAUUUUUGAAAGAUUUUGGUAAUCAUUUGUACCUUGAUGGUCAAUGUACCAAUUUUCAAAAAUAAAAGAUUUUUAUAAAAA